UAAUUUACCAUUGGUCACGUGAUCUCUCAUGUGACCCUCCUAUCUCUGCAGCAUCCAUUUUUCUACAGAUUUUCUUUCUCUUUCUUGAUUAGAAGGAAAGAGAAAAGACCAAGUUUCUAGCCACCACAAGCUAUCAAACAAAACUAAAGAUGCUGUGUGGUUUACACCACCAAGUAGUCUACUAUACCGCUUUAUUCAUCCUCAUAUGCGUGGGGCUCUAUUACAACCUCUCUGGGCUUGGGAGCAGGUUUGAUUUUGGCUGGUUUCUCACAUAUCUUUCACCUUAUAUAUGGUCUGGCCUGGGGGUGGGGCUGUCUGUCUCUCUCUCCAUAGUCGGGGCUGCCUGGGGCAUUUUUUUAGUCGGCAGUAGCAUUCUAGGUGCAGGUGUCAUGGCCCCCAGGAUUAAAACACGUAACCUCAUCAGUAUCAUCUUUUGUGAAGCUGUUGCCAUUUACGGAAUCAUCAUGGCCAUAAUCCUUUCUGGAAGAGUCAAAGUUGUUGAAAACCUUUAUUCUGACGGAACCUAUACACAAGCCUCGCUUUUCUCGGGAUAUGCCAUUUUUGCGGCCGGUGUGAGCGUAGGUCUGACCAACAUAGCCUGUGGUAUAUCAGUGGGUGUGGUUGGGAGUGGAGCAGCCCUAGCAGAUGCUCAGAAUGCUACAUUAUUUGUGAAGGUUCUCAUCAUUGAAAUAUUUGCAAGUGCCAUUGGUCUUUUCGGAGUCAUUAUUGGUAUCAUUAUCGCCACCAAGGCAAACUUUGAAGGAGGAUCUUAGUUGUCACUCACUCUCUCUCUCUUAGUGACUGUUUGUAUUAAUAAAAGGUAGCAAAUCUUAAGGUUCUCAACAUCUUGUUGCAUAUUGCAUGUAUUUAAUAUUAUUGUAUGGUCUUGUUACUUCUCUUCUUGCUUUGUUUAAUUCUAUUUGUGAGUGCCUAGAUUAUCAUUAUUAUUAUUAUCAUUAUUAUUAUUAUUAUUGUUGUUGUUAUUAUUAUUAUUAUGGUCGGUCUUGUGUGUGCAAUUUGACAUUAUACCAGUUUUUCUGCAUUAUUAUUAUUGUUAUCUUUAUUGUCAUAAAUUGUUGUGUUUGCUAAUUGUAUUAUUAUUAUUAUUAUACCAUCAGAUUGUUGAAUGAGGACACACUGUUGUAGCAUUGUACCUACUGAAUAGGAA